AUGAAGAUGGCCAACUGCGCUGCCCUGCUGGGGCUGGUCCUUCUCGGCUGCCUUUCUGAUCUUGCUGUUGCUCAAAGACGGGCCUCCUGCGGCGCCUACAUGUUGUCUGGAAAAACCAUGAGCAGCAUCUGUCCCCGCAACUACGACCCCGUGUGUGGCACCAAUGGCCGCACCUACCCCAACGAGUGUGCCCUCUGCAAGGACUUCCUCCGCAACCCUGCUCUUGACAAGAAACACGAUGGAAGAUGCGUUCGGGUCGACUGUACUGGUUUCCUGAAGCCUGGCAGUGGUUUCGACAUUCCCUGCACCAUGGAGUACAGCCCCAUCUGCGGCACCAACGGCAUCACCUACAGGAACAAGUGCCACUUCUGUAAUGCUGUGGCGAGCGGCCUGGAAGUGAACCUGAGGAACUAUGGAGAGUGCUUCCAUGUGCAGCAAAACAUAAACAUCGACUGCAACCAGCAGAAGGGCGGCAGCCUCAUCUGCACCUCCGAGUACAACCCCAUCUGUGGCUCCGACGGCAGAACCUACGGAAACAAGUGCAAGUUCUGCAACGCUGUUUCCCGCAGCACUGGAGCUCUGUUCUUCAGGCACCUUGGAGAGUGCUAAGUGCUGCAGCUGGACCCUUCA